ACGAGCUGUGUUUUGAUUUAAUCAAUGAAACUGUUUAUUAAUGGCUGUUAAUUAGAACGUGACGAAUUACAUUAAACAGUUCAGUUUUCAGUGACGUCAGCAGGAUGUCAGGCGGUGCUAACGCUAAAGCUAAAGCUAAUGCUAAAGCUAAAGCUAGCAGACAGAGUGCCGACCUGCUGUCGGGCGGUUAGAGGAGGAGGGCUCAGUGUCGUCAUACUUCACGUUUCAGAUGUCAUGUGACGCUGUGAUGUCACACAUCAGGAGGAUGCUGUCUCUUCUCAGAGGCUGUCGAACCUUCAGCCAAUCAGCUCGCAGCACCUCCACCUCCAUCAGCAGCAGUGAUGGAGGUCUGGUCCUGCAGUCCCGGUCCACGGACGUGUACCAGAACCUGGCACUGGAGGACUGGAUUGAGGCAAAUGUGGACCUGCAGCAGCGCAGCGUCCUGCUGCUGUGGAGGAACCAGCCGGCUGUGGUCAUCGGGCGCCAUCAGAACCCCUGGAGUGAGUGCAACCUGCCGGCCAUGAGGAGGGCGGGGAUCCCUCUGGCCCGCAGGCGAAGCGGCGGCGGCACCGUUUUCCACGACCUCGGGAACCUCAACCUGACCUUCUUCACCUCCAAGAAGGCGUACGACCGGCAGAGGAACCUGAGGGUCGUCACGGACACUCUGAGGCGGAUCAGACCGGAGCUGGACGUUCAUGCCACUGACCGGCUGGACAUCGUCCUCAACGGACGCUUCAAGAUCUCAGGCAGUGCAUCCAGGCUGAGCAGGAAGUCGUCCUACCAUCACUGCACUCUGCUGCACUCCGCUGACCGCUCCGCCCUCACUGAUAUGCUCCGCCCCUCUUGUCCUGGUAUCCAUAGCAACGCCACACCCAGCGUCCCCUCACCUGUCGCCAACCUGCUGGACCAUGCCCCCACGCUGCAGUGGGAGGAGCUGCUUGACGCUGUGGUACAGCAGUACAAUGCAGAGUUCAGCUUCAGCGCGGCGUCAACCCUUGUUGACCCCUCUGAUGAGGCAGCGUUUCCUGGACUGAGCAGCGCGGCGGCAGAGCUGCGAGGCUGGAACUGGACUUUCGGUAAGACGCCUAAAUUCAGCGUCCAGACCGCCCUGCAGCUGAGAGAGGAGGGGUCAGCUCUUAGCUCCGCCCAGCUGGACAUGGACAUAAAGAGUGGCAUGAUCGAGCGCUGCCAGCUGGACGUUCCUGAAGACUGGCUGCCUCAGCGACUGAGCGGCGAGCUGAGUGACGUGCUGGUCGGAGAGAGGUUCUGUGGUCAUCGAGCGGCUGCAGCGUUUACCGCGUUGCUGCGGUGUGAGAGCGGCGAGCUGCGGGACAGACUGAAGAAGCUGUGUGACGCCGUGGUGACGGCGAUGGGCUGAAGAUACCCGACUGGACCAGGCGAUGUACGGAAGAUCAACAGGGACAAAAUGAAUGAAACACAGUUUAUGUUCAUGUUUUUUAUUUUCUCUGAAUCGUUUUAAGAUUCUUAAGAACAUGAAAUUCACAGUUUUACAAACAAGUCUCGACAAAAUAUCAUGAAAUAAAUACAAAUGAAAUAAAGCAAUAUAAUGUUUUUA